AUGAAAAGAAGAAUAAAGAGGAAGGAAGAAACAGAAAAAUUGAAGAAAAAGAAACCAUUGAAUGUAAAAAAUAAAUUAAAGAAAGCGCCAAAGAAGCCCAGAAGAAAAGAAAGAUCUCAAAAGAUAAUGAAUCAUCUCCUGAAAGUUCUGAUAAGAAUGAUUAUUCGAUCAAAAGCACAAAUGAAAGUCCUGAUUGUUCCCAAAAUAGAAAUGUUAAAUGCUUGUAUUAUGAUUUGCAUUGUUCUAAACAAGAUGUUCAUGGAAAGAAAUAGAUCCGAUGUGAACCUUAUAACCGAAUGGCUUAUG